AUGGGGAAUUGCUACUCGCCAAGAAGCCGUGUGGUAACUGUUUCAUCUACUAAGGAUUAUGAACAAAACCAUCCCGAAAUAGUUAAUACACAAAAUGAAAUGUUCCAGCACCGCGUUGAACCUUUGCACUAUUCCUCACAGUUUCACCAAACAAAUGGUGACUUACGGCGAGAACAAACUUUCCAUCAUGAACGUCUGUCGCAAAGAAACGAGGAUUUAAAUCUAAGAAAGAGGCCUGUUUCGGCUGGAGGGGAAACGUCAAUCCAAAGACAGGGUUCUCUGAAACGGACCCGCCAGAGUUCAGGCAGUUCACAUAACAGAAUACAUCCAAACGGACAGCGAAGUCCUGACAACGACUUGUUACCAAAAGACUUCGGGGAGAUGCAAGUCCAAGAUAGCGGUAUUCUGUCCGCUGCAAAUACGAGUCGGGCAACAUCACAGUUCUCCAUUGCAAACACCAGCAGAGUACAAAUAGAAAACCUCAACUUGUCUGAAUACGCUGAAAAUGGCAUGCAAAAUGGAAUGGGAACUCCAACUUUAGAGGUAGCUCCCAUUUUCAAGAAAACCGACAGACAGUCCAGAGAAUCGUCCAGACCUCUUGCAUCCCCGAUCAGAGAAGAGAGCAAAAGCCGGAAACCUACGACUAGACCCACGGUCAAAAUCAACGAAAAGCCAAACGAAAAAACGAUAACCCCUUCGCCCAAAGCCAAGAGUGGGAAAACACCGCCAAGCGUUAUAUCAAUGGAUAUCGGAACUACCUUUUCUGGGUACGCGUAUGGCUAUAAGUCCAGACAUACCAUGUCGGUCCCUCAGAAAAAGGUCCCUUCAGUUAUUCUUCUUAACCCUGAUUUAAGUCUGAACUCCUUCGGGUUCGCCGCUUUGAAAAACUAUCCAGCUAUUCCGGCCAAUGAUCGACUUCAGUAUUUCUACAUAGAACAUUUCAAAAGUGUUGUUUUCAAUAGCCCGCGUAUUUCCCAUGAGAUGACUGUUGAUGAUAAUAUGGGGCGACCGAUAAAUGCGCUGCAUGUGUUUACACUAGCAAUUUAUUGGCUCAAAGAACAGGCGAUCUCAAAUAUUAACUACAACGACGGCACAACGCAAUGGGUCAUUACAAUUCCCUCAAUUUGGGCUGCAGAUCUUAGGCGGUUUGUUCACAGAGCCGCUCUGGAAGCGGGUAUCCCGGACUUUAAGUUGGACAUUGUCCUAGAAGCUGAGGCCGUGUCUUACCUGUGUAGAAACGAGUACCAGAAUAUUCACGAUUACGACCUGUCCGCCGGGACCAAAUACGCCUUUGCUGAUCUUGGGGGUGGGACAACGAACGUAUAUGUGCACGAAAUACUUAAGGGUAACAAACUCAGAGAGCUGUAUAGAGACAUACAACAUACAGUUGGAGCACAGAGUGUGAACCAAGCUUAUAUUAAAUUUUGGGUUGAUCUGGUCGGAGAAGAGAUCUGGGAGGAGUUUAGGGUGAACCAUCCGGCGUCUUUCAUGAAAGCCAUGAUUACUUUUGAGAAGAAGAAAAUGGCUUUCGCUGUGGGCAAAGGGGAACGUAUUGAUAUAAUGAUUGAGCCUGCGUUGGAUCAGUUGCUGAAAGUGAAAAAAUGGGCGUCGUUCGACAAGCUUCUUAAGACGAAACCGAGAUACAAGGGAAACGUGAAAUGUAAAGAAGUAAACGGGAACAUGUUCAUGUACUUGAGUAUUGAAAUGAUGGAGACCUUCUUUAUGGACUCUGUUGACAAAGUACUCCGUCGUUUGAUGAAGGCGUUGGCAUUGUGUACGGAGUACGGCAUUCAGGGGCUUGUUUUGACUGGUGGAUUCUCCAAAUCAGCUUACUUGAUGGAAAGGAUUGAAGAGGAAUUAGCAGAUAUUGACGUUCAUUUCCUUGUCCCAGAUGCACAAGAAAACGCAGUUCUUAAAGGCGCUGUAAUGAUGGGUAAUGAAAUGUUUGAAAUAAGUGAAAGGCUUUCAAGAUUUACGUACGGCUACAGCCAGGCAUCACCUGAUCAGAAAAGCUACGCUGCUCUCGCAGUAAACGCGAAGUGCCGUUUACUGUUCCGCACAAUCAUUGACAAUGGUCAGUACCUGAAAAACUAUUCCAAAUAUGUUAUUAAAGGCCAAGAGGUUCUGAGUAACCCUAAUAGGCUGUUUACGGAGAAGACAACGAGGAUAGUGAAGUCCGAAUGUGUGAAAACGAAGGGAGCGGAACGCUACGGAAUGAGAGAUGAAGAGUGCGAAGUGGUUUGCGAAUUCGUACACACCCCUCCUCAUGAAGGUUGGCCAAUUCGCUCCGAGUAUGAACUAAUCGCGUUCUGUAGAGAAACAGAGAUCAAGUUUGUAUACCUGAAUAGAACGACGAGAGAAAAAAUGAAAACGUACGUUCAAUUGGUAUAG